AUGAAUCGCCAGCCGCUUCCCGGCCAGUUGAACACACGGGGCGAGUGUAGGGCAGGGCAGAUCUUCGAGGAGCACCGGGCGUGGGUGGCCCAACACGAGUUCGAACCGAGCGAUUGCCCGCGCUUCGGCUACCUGCUGAUGAUCGACGGACCAUGCCUCCGCUCCAUCUUGGGCACGACCGGGCCCCGAGAAGCUGAUGUGUCGUUCCCUUCUUCCAGCCGCGCCUCCUGGGCCGGACCGUACGGAUACAUCAACAUCCUGGAUGUCGCCGAGCACGACCCGGAAGCUUCCGACUAUGUUGAGGGCCCAUUCUACGAUGGACGUAUGCGGAUGGGGCUGGACGCCUUGGUGUUGUUUGCGGGGCAAACCGAGGAUUACCCACUGUGCGAACAGUCCAUCCCUCUCACUAGCACAGACCAGGUGAUGUACACCGGUGGAACCCACGCGAGACUCGAGCCGAGAAGUCUGGUCACUCAUCGACGAAGAGAGGACAGCUCAUAUCCUUGCUCAAUACUCAACUCUUCACCGUCGACGCAGGCCUGA